AUGUUCCCAUUCCAAAUCCAUUUCUCUGCGGGUCUUCUUGGUGCCGCAGCGUUCAGCCUUGCAGUCAUUGCUCCCUCGCACGUCAAGACGAAGCGCGACGUGGCUCUUCCAAUAUCAAGAUAUGAUAGCGAGUUUGAUGGGGAAAACGACCUCCUAAGUGCCAACGACGAGAACGAGCUCGCCGGCGAAAAGGAUCCAUUCGACAUUGUCUCACCUGAAGACGUCAUUGAUGGAGAGACACUUGAUGAGGAUGCAUUCUGGCGCAAGGUUCGCGUCACAAAACUGAUCCUACUCGCAGUGUUAUGUAUGCUAUUCGUCAACCACGCAGUCUCACUGGGAUAUACACUCAUCACACAUCCUUCGUCACCCAUCUACUCCAUCAUCCCGGCUAUUCUGCACCUCGUCUUCACGACAUAUCUUAUCGGCCUUUCAAUCUCAACCGUCUCUUCCUCCAACGUGGAUGAGCACUGGCCGAUUGUCGUCCACAUGUCCGCACUGCUGACUUUAUCCACGGUGGCACAAUGUAUCAGCUUGCUCGUUCCAAACGAUGGAACUAUCCAUAUCUCGACCAUUCUGGCGAAACCGUCGCUCGUCAAUGUCGACCCAAAGUUUAUCAUUCAACUCUACAAAAGGAAUCAUUUAGAAGACCAAGACGAAGAAGAGGUCUAUGGUUUCUGGUUUGCCUCCCUGGUGUUGACGACAAUAUCGAUGCUUAUCGUCAUCUUCAUGCGACGCGGUCCUGAACGAUACUUCCCCCCUGAGAGAGUAUAUACUCUCAAGUCUAUCGAAGUUGCCGCCAAAGAGCGAAAUCAGGGUACUAGCACUGGCGGACAAGUGCAUUCAGGGAAACAGGAGCCAAACGUUUGCUCAUUGGUAGCAAGCAGUGUCUGGGGCAUCAUGUUCUUCGACUAUACGACGUCCGUCGUCAUGCUGGGCUACACAGCUACUUCCCUUGAGAUUGCAGACUUGCCUAUCCUACCGGCAUACAUGCGGGCAACUUGGAUAUACUCGAGGAUGCGAAAGCUGCAACAGUCAUACGGCCGUUUACGCUCUUCAACAGAAGAACCCAAAGGUGUCUUCUCUCGGAUCCGCUUUACAUUGCACGUCCCGUUCGCCCACCUCUUCGUCCGCAAGUUCCCUGCACUCGAAAACCGAUUCCCGUCCAUCACGCAAAAGAGAACGUUUGCACCGUUCUCAUUCAAGACGUCAAAGAACUCCCCUAUGGACCUCAUUGCGCAACUUUGGAAGGCAAACCGCACUGUCUUGCUUUUGGAGAUUGGUCUCGCUGCAGCGUCUGCGCUGAUGUUCUACACACCAGCCUUCUUCUUCAAGCGCUUCAUUGCCUACCUGGAGGACGAUCCAGAUCGAGGAGGACGAGCAUCAAACCAGACCAUCCAGGCGAUGGUCAGUGACGGAUGGGCGUGGGUUUAUUGCGCUGGCCUCUUCGGAACAACAGCAGCAAUGUAUUUACUUACUGGACAACUUUGGUCAAUCUCAACAACUGUUGUCCAGCUCAAGUUUAAGAUCCAGCUGAACACAAUGCUAUUCGCUAAAACUCUCGUCCGAAAGAACCUGCCCGGAACGGCUUCUACCGACUCUGAAGAGAAAAAGAAAACUGAAGACACUGGUGCUGCCUCCAGAACGGCAGGGACGAACAGUGCAUCAAACGGCACAAGCGAUGCACCAACGACCGCAGGUCAUUCUACGGCACCAACAGCGACAACGGGGACUACGACAGCGGUCAAUGCCAGCGAGGCGACGCCACCCGUCAAGAACGCGUCUACGUCGGACGAGGAAGAGUUUUCAUCAAAGGCACAGGUUAUGACGCUCAUGACUACAGACGUCGAUCGUGUUUCCGACUUUUCCUGGCAUCUGUUUUCCCUUGUCGACAGUCCCAUUGAGAUUGUCAUUGGUGGAUACUUUCUGUACACCCUCCUUGGUGUAUCGACAUUCUGGGGCCUUGGUGCCAGUCUUCUAUUCAUGCCGAUCAAUCACUGGGCAAGCAAAAUCGUCGUCAAGGCACAGGACGAUCUCAUGAAGGCUCGAGAUGAACGUGUUGCCUUGAUGAACGAGCUCCUUGGUGGCAUACGGAUGCUCAAGUUCAUGGCUUGGGAAAGGAGCUUUGAGAAGCGAGUUCUCAAGGUCCGUGAUCGUGAAUUGGCGCAUCAAUGGCGUAACUAUGUGAUUGAGACUCUGUUCAAUGCGACAUGGCAUGUUUUCAACGGGCUCUUGCUGCCGUUAACACCCUCAAUUGCAUUCACGGCACUCACGGUAUUCAACGAGCUGCGUUUUGCACUUGGCGUCCUACCAGAGACCUUUAUCAAUGUUUUGCAAAGCAUGGUCUCCCUUCGCCGCAUUGCGAAAUAUUUGGCGACACAAGAAGUUUCUUCUGUGCCACCUCUUCAUGAACAAGACUCUCGCAUCUCCCUGAAUUCUGCGACGAUCACCUGGCCACAAGAUCGUGUGGGAAGUGCAGCGGCUACUGGUUCCAGCACCCCUGCCAUCAUUGGUCGCGCUUCCACUUCGAGUUCCUCGGCUAGCACGCCGAGACGGCGCUUUGUGCUGCUUGACCUCACCCUCGACUUCCCAGAAGGCGAACUCUCACUCAUUUGCGGCAAGCUUGGGUCUGGGAAAACACUUUUACUACUCGCCCUCCUUGGAGAGGCAGAUGUGUUGUCCGGUCAACUCCUUUGUCCACGGUCGCCGCCGGAUGCAGUUGCAACUCUCAUGGCAGUCGCCGAGGACGAAGAGUGGAUCAUUCCAAAUAUGUGCGCCUAUGUACCACAGGUUGCAUGGUUGCAGAAUGCGUCUAUCAAGGAGAACAUUUUAUUCAACCUGCCGUUCAAUGCAGAGCGGUACCAAGCUACACUCGAGGCUUGCGCGCUGCUAACGGACCUUGCAAUACUCGAAGAUGGAGAUGAGAGUGAAAUUGGAGAACGCGGGGUAAACCUCAGUGGUGGUCAGAAAGCCCGAGUCAGCCUCGCUCGAGCUAUCUAUUCCCGGGCGUCUGUCCUGCUGCUCGAUGAUGUGCUUUCAGCGGUCGAUGCUCACACGGCGCAUCACUUGUACGAGAAAUGUCUAAAAGGCCCACUGGUAGAAGGGCGCACGGUGAUUCUCGUAUCCCACCACAUCCAGCUCUGUGCUCCAAAAGCAAAGUAUAUCGUGGCUCUCGAGAAGGGCAAGCUGUUGUACCAGGGCGACGCAAACGCCUUCAUGCAGUCCUCCAUUAUUGAUACCCUGGUUCAAUCUAAACACAAAACUCUCGACGCUGGGGACGAAAUGACAGCGGAAACGGCCAUUGAAGAAGUACUGGACGCCGAAAAGGAACCAGUCAAGGACGCACAGGAGAGCGCACAACCCGUGAUGACCAAAAAAAAGGAAAAGGCCCCUCGGAAACUCGUCGAGGAUGAAGCUCGCGCAGUCGGGCGGAUUGGACGAGACGUUUGGAAAGAAUACGUCGGUGCUUCUGGAGGAAAGGUGUUUUGGGGAAUCUUCCUUCUUGCGCUUGUCGUUGCGUCUCUCUCACCGGUAGCGGAGAACGGUUGGAUCAAGGUCUGGUCCGGCGCUGUGAAUCGAGGAGAUACGUCUCACUUGCCUAUAUAUUACAUUCGAAUUUAUGCUCUGAUUGCAAUCGCUGGCCUUGUCGUUUUCACUCUACGCUUCUUUGUCCUCUACCGUGGAUCCAUCCAUGCUUCGGACACCUUGCACAAACGCCUCCUCCAGUCUGUUUUGUUUGCACCUAUUCGCUUCCAUGACACUACGAAUCGCGGAAGACUUCUCAACCGCUUUGGAAAGGACUUUGAAGGAAUCGAUUCUUCUCUCGCGGACAACUUUGGACGAAGUGUUUUCAACGGUGCAUCGCUCGUCACAACCAUUGUCACUGUUACAUACGUAGGAGGGUGGCCGUUCCUACUGGCAUUCGUCAUCCUCUCCAUCUUUUACUUUGAGGUCGCCAGAGUAUAUGGACAGACUGCCAGGGACAUGCGCCGUCUUGAUUCUGUAUCGCGUUCGCCACUCUAUUCUGUCUAUAAUGAAGCCAUCACUGGGGCUUCUAUCGUGCGGGCCUUCGGAGCGUCUAGCAAAUUCCUACGCGAUAUGCUUCGUUGCGUUGACACAAAUGCUUCACCAUAUUACUGGCUAUGGGGCGUGAAUCGAUGGAUCAGUGUUCGCUUCAAUAUGCUCUCAUCAGUCAUUAUCGGAAUCACGUCCGUGGUCAUCUUGCUCAACAGAUCCAUCGACGCUUCGUUUGGUGGACUUGCCAUGACCUUUAUUCUUGGGCUGACCGGAGAUAUUCUCUUCCUCGUCCGUCGAUUUGUCAGUCUGGAGCAGUCGAUGGUUGCAGUCGAGCGUGUCAAAGAGUUUUCUGAAUUAGAGCAAGAACCUCCCGAGUUCAUCGAACCUCGUCCUCCCGCAUCGUGGCCUUCCUCCGGAGCCAUAGAAGUCGAGGACUUAUCUAUUCGCUAUGCCCAAAAUCUUCCCGAUGUCCUGCACGACUUGAACUUUUCCAUUUCACCGGGAGAAAAGGUUGGCAUUCUGGGAAGAACCGGCAGCGGAAAGAGUACUUUGGCGCAGUCAUUCUUCCGGUUUGUAGAGGCCUCCGAGGGCAAAAUUUUCAUAGAUGGCAUCGACAUCUCUCGCGUUGGAUUGACGGAUCUCCGAAGUCGAUUGACAAUCAUUCCUCAGGAUCCUACUAUUCUAAGUGGUACGUUGCGGACCACAUUAGAUAUCUUUGAAGAAUACGAAGAUGUUGAGAUUUAUGAGGCCCUGCGCCGUGUCCAUCUUAUACCAUCAGAGGAUGAUACUCCGGUUGAUAAUGAAGAGGAAGUCAACGAGAAUGUCUUCAAAAACCUUGAUUCGCCUGUCUCUGAAGGCGGGGAAAACUUUUCAGCUGGAGAAAAGCAACUCAUCUGUAUGGCUCGUGCCAUUCUCAAGCGCACCAAAAUUCUCUUUAUGGAUGAAGCGACUGCUAGUGUUGACUAUGCCACUGAUGAGUUGAUUGGGAAAACUAUCCGGCACGAAUUCGCCGACAGUACCAUCUUGACAAUCGCGCAUCGCAUCCGUACUAUCAUCGAUUAUGACAAGGUCAUGGUCCUCGAUAAAGGUCGCAUCGUCGAGUAUGACAAGCCUGCCACGCUUCUCGCGGAUAAAAAGUCGCAAUUCUACUCACUGUGCAAGGCAACUGGUCCAGAAGAGUUUUCGGCCCUUGUUCGCCUCAGUCAACUCAAUAGUUCCUAA